AUGUCAAAUUCCUCCCUUUCCACUACAUCUUCACUACCAUCAAAUGGGACCGCUGCACUUUAUUGUGGUAACAUGGGAGUUAUGGAUAUAAGCGAAGCAAGUGGAUAUCCAGAUGCUUUUUGGGCUUGUGGUGCCGGAUAUGAAAGUGCAUUCGCAACGUUGACUAAAACAUCGACCAUCAUAUACUCAGCUAACAUGCCAACUUCUUCCAGGAAUCCGAGUGUAUUAAACUGUGGCUAUCAGACGACAAUCAAUGCUGCAGAGAGUGCUUGGUCCCCUAUCGACUAUUGGAAUUGUGGCAGAACAUAUGCAAGAGAUUAUGCUCUGUCCGAUGCUCUUUCAUUGAAACCAACUAAUUUACUACAGUACUUUCUAUUUGCUUUAUUCAUUAUCUGCAUCAUACUAUGA